UUGUAACUCAUUAGUUUAAGUUUUGCAACUCCGCUGUACACCUCAGCUCAGACAGAACUCGGCUCCAUCAAAUUUUUAUCGCAGCAAAACGCAGAAACUCUCCCUCUCCCUCUCUCUCUCUCUCUCUCUCUCUUGAGGCACAGGAAUCGAAAUCAUGUUGUUCUUUUCAUAUUUCAAGGACUUGGUGGGAAGAGAAGUGACGGUGGAGUUGAAGAAUGAUUUGGCAAUUAGAGGAACCCUUCAUUCCGUUGAUCAAUACCUCAAUAUCAAGCUCGAGAACACUAGGGUUGUCGAUCAAGACAAGUAUCCUCACAUGCUUUCAGUGAGGAACUGUUUUAUAAGAGGCUCGGUUGUGAGAUAUGUCCAGCUACCUCCUGAUGGAGUUGACAUUGAAUUGCUUCAUGAUGCCACGAGAAGAGAAGCUCGGGGAGGCUGAAAAGCAUUUGGUGACAACUUCAAUGUACUUUAAUGAACAUUUGAUUAAGAUACUUUUGCUUCAAAUAGUUUCUGAAUUAAGCAAAGAUAGUGACAAGUUAAUGAAGACUGAUCCCUCUUUGCAUUAGUGUAGACAAAUUGAUGUUGGUUUGUGCAUCAACAAAUUUGAUUUGUUGAAAGAAUAUUUCCUUAUUGAA